GACUCCCAUUUAAAGACUUUUUGUUGGUUUCUGAAGUUCCCAAUGCCAGGCACCGGAGUGUGAGGCCAACUCCUGGCUUCCGGCGUACAUUUCUACUUUAAAAAAAAACAAAACAGAAGACACACACAGACGAUGGAGAGGAUCUGCACCUACUGCAUUCUCCUGCUCUGUUUGAUGGACAGAGUUUCCGCCAGGUCCAUUGACGAAAGAAGGAGUAAAGAUCUCCGGGUCUCCAAGCCUCUGAUUGUGCCAGGUUACCCAGAAAACACCACAGGGCUGUUGGGUGGUCAGGUGACGCUGGUGUGUAAAGUCCACCGGCCAGCGUCCACCAAGGUGCAGUGGCUGAAGACCGAGGUCGGCCAGGGGGGUCAGCCUCACCUCAGAGCUCUGACGGCCCUGCAGAGCAACAUGUCCAAGGUGAACACUCUGCAUCUGUCCAACAUCACUCUGGAGGACGCAGGAGAGUACCUCUGCAUGGCUGAGAGCAGCCACGCAGGGCAGACAGUGCAGGCCAUGCAGUCGGCGUGGCUGGACGUCCUGUCUGGUACCAUCAUUUCCCGAACUGUGGACCUCACUGCUGCUGAUAUCCCGUCAGAUGUUCUUGAGGACCUGAGUGAGGACACAACAGAACAUCUCCUGCUGGAGCCAGGCAACGUCCUGAAACUGCGCUGCGACACGAGCACCCGGCCAGGCAUGGCGGUCAACUGGUACAAGGAGGGAAUCCGGGUUGUGCCCACGCCCCGCAUCCAGAUCCGCGGAGCCAUCAUGGAGAUCACAGACGUGACAUAUGAGGACUCUGGCGUUUAUGUUUGUGUUGUCCGGGGAACCAAAGAUCCUGUGAGGAACUUCACCAUCAGUGUGGCAGACUCGUUGGGGUCAGGGGACGAUGACGAGGACAACGGGCUGGAGGACUCAUCGGCUGAGAUUGAAAACGACCAGGUUUACUUCUCCAGAGGUCCCUACUGGACCCACACCCAGCGUAUGGAGAAGAAGCUGUAUGCCGUCCCUGCAGGCAACACGGUGAAGUUUCGCUGCCCGGCCAUGGGCAGCCCCAUCCCGAGCAUCCGCUGGCUCAAAAAUGGACGUGAAUUCAGAGGAGAGCACCGCAUCGGAGGCAUCAAGCUGAGACACCAGCACUGGAGCCUGGUGAUGGAGAGCGUUGUGCCUUCAGACAGAGGAAACUACACCUGCAUGGUGGAGAACAAAUAUGGCUCCAUUGCUCACAGCUACGUCCUCGAUGUCCUGGAGCGUUCCCCACACAGACCCAUCCUGCAGGCCGGUCUACCAGCCAACACCACAGCAGUGGUGGGCAGCGACGUCCAGUUCCACUGCAAGGUCUACAGCGAUGCCCAGCCUCACAUUCAAUGGCUCAAACACAUAGAAAGGAACGGCAGCCGCUACGGCUCUGACGGGACGCCUUAUGUCCGGGUCCUCAAGACCGGCAGUCUGAACAUGUCAGAGGUGGAGGUGCUCUACCUGUCCAAAGUUACCAUGGAGGAUUCAGGAGAGUACACCUGUCUGGCUGGAAAUUCAAUCGGAUUUGCUCACCAGUCCGCCUGGCUCACCGUCCUCUCAGAGGAAGAAGCAGCGGACGCCAUGGACACCAUGGAGACCAAAUACACUGACAUCAUCAUCUACGCCUGCGGUUUCCUGGCUCUGAUCAUGGCCAUCAUCAUCGUGGUGUUGUGUCGAAUGCAGGUCCAUCCCAGAAGGGAGCCGUUUGACGCCCUCCCUGUCCAGAAGCUCUCCAAGUUUCCUCUCCGCAGACAGUACUCGGUGGACUCCAACUCGUCAGGGAAGUCCAGUGCGUCGCUCAUGAGGGUGGCUCGCCUCUCGUCCAGCUGCUCUCCCAUGCUGGCUGGAGUCAUGGAGUUUGAGUUGCCCUACGACCCGGACUGGGAGUUCCCCAGGGAGAAUUUAACGUUAGGCAAACCUCUAGGAGAAGGCUGCUUCGGUCAGGUGGUCAGAGCUGAGGCCUACGGCAUCAACAAGGACUCUCCGGAUCCGGCGUCUACUGUCGCGGUUAAGAUGCUCAAAGAUGACGCCACAGACAAGGAUCUGGCAGACCUCAUCUCGGAGAUGGAGCUGAUGAAGGUGAUGGACAAACACAAGAACAUCAUCAACCUGCUUGGAGUAUGCACACAGGAUGGCCCUCUGUAUGUGCUGGUGGAGUACGCCUCCAAAGGCAGUCUGAGGGAGUACCUGCGGGCCCGGAGACCCCCAGGCAUGGACUACACCUUUGAUGUGACCAAGGUGCCUGAGGAGCAGCUCACCUUCAAAGACCUGCUGUCCUGCGCCUACCAGGUGGCCCGAGGGAUGGAGUACCUGGCCUCUAAACGGUGCAUCCACAGAGAUCUGGCAGCCAGGAACGUUCUGGUGACUGAGGACAACGUGAUGAAGAUCGCUGACUUUGGCCUGGCCAGAGGAGUCCACCAGAUCGACUACUACAAGAAAACCACCAAUGGACGGCUGCCGGUGAAGUGGAUGGCACCAGAGGCUUUGUUUGACAGAGUCUACACACACCAGAGCGACGUGUGGUCGUUUGGCGUUCUGAUGUGGGAGAUCUUCACGCUGGGCGGAUCACCGUACCCUGGGAUCCCCGUCGAGGAGCUUUUCAAGCUGCUCAAGGAGGGACACCGAAUGGACAAACCCUCCAACUGCACACAUGAACUCUACAUGAUGAUGCGUGAGUGCUGGCAUGCUGGCCCCACCCAUAGGCCCACCUUCAAACAGCUGGUGGAGGAGCUGGACAAAGUGCUGCUGUCCAUCUCUGACGAGUACUUGGACCUGUCGACACCCUUCGAGCAGUACUCCCCGUCGUGCGAGGACACGUCCAGCUCCUGCUCCUCCGACAACGACUCUGUUUUCACCCACGAUGCCUUGUCCACCGACCCCUGCCUCUUGGGCUACCAGGACGUGCGCUCCCGGAUAGACAUGAAAAAGACGCUCCAGUAAACUCACAACUGAAGGCACCCACACAUACACAGACAUGAACACAAGGUAACGCAUCCCUUGGCGGCCAUUUUGGAGGUCCGUCGCUGCAUUUCUAAAGGUAAAUUGAAGCUUCUGUUCAUGAAGUUUUCCAUUGGACCUCCAUUAUGGCACCAGAUGACGCCCUUAGACACAGAUGGGGCAUUUAUACACACACAUAGAAACAACACACACAUGCAGGUGGAGCACUGGUGGGCUUCAUCACACGGUGAUGGUUUGAAGAAAAGCAUUUCAUCGUGGGCGGAAGAAAAAAGGACAAACUAAACGUGGUAGUUUGGACUAUCAGCUCUGGCACUGUGCCCAAGAACAGUUGGACAAGUUGGAAAACUGCGGCACUAAACACCACAGAAGAAGAAAAAAAAACACCUGGUACUCAUGCUUUGUUUGAUCGACUCUCCCUCAGCGAGGCGACGGGCAAUGAUCUCCUCACAACAUCCCAAAACCAGGGCGAGAAACCUCGGUGAUAAAGACAUUUUUUAACAAACAAAAAAAGAUUUAUUUUGCUAUGAUAAAAAAAGAAGAAACUGAUUGUUAAAUAUAAAUCUCUCUAUAUAAGAUUAUUUUACUUUUGUGUUGCUUAUUUAAAAAGAAAACAGUCUUAAAUCUCAGGAUCCCUUGUGCUAAGAAGUUGCUGUAGCGGCAGCAAAGUGCCAUAUGAUUUCCUGUGAAUAUAUUAGAAUAAUAUUAAAAAUAUUGUAUGUACAUAUCAGCAGCAGAAAGACGAUUGUCUUUCAUAAAUUAUUGUGAAUGACACAAAAAUGAAGGUUAUUGGAGGUGAAAGGAGAGAGGUAUUUAAUCUGGUGAUACAAGUGCCAAACCUGUCGUAGCUGUCACAUUGUCUUCAGGUCCAGGUGUCAUUCCAAAAAUGUUCAAUUUCGAAAAAAAACAAAUUGUACUUAAUGAUCUCCAAAGUUCAACCAAAUCAUAAAGUAGAUGCUGUUAAAAUUGGUACACAAAAGCAGCUUUUGCAGACAUUUUUAAAAACCAACCCGUAUCUUGACCAACUGAGAAACACAAAAUUUAACAACUCCAACCUCAGAUGUAUGUGGUUAAAAAA